AACCUCGAAAUUGAGAUUGAGCUUAAAGCGAAGAUCCAUGGUGAUUUGGAGUUGUCACUACUGUAAGUGCUCACCCUUCUAGACGUAUAAGACAUGUUCGCUAACCUCAUGGAGUUCCUGAGAAUUUUGUUCUCGAGGGCUUUGGCCGCUUGAGCCUUAAAGUUCUUUUUUUUUUUCCCCUCUUUUGUAUUAAAUGGAGGCGAUGUGGGGUUUUUGCGUUAAUUUGGUGAAAAUGGAAUGGGAGGCGGGGUUUGAUAGAGGAACCACUUUGUGAUUGUAUAUUAGUCUUCUGU